AUGUCUGCGACUGGCAUUGACCUUGUCGGCGCCGCCCCGCCUGUCACCCAUAGAGAGGACAAAGAACUUGGGGAAAAGAAGCCUUAUCUGGGCAAUGAGAGUCCGGAGUCUGGCUCUGUCCAGGUGCCUGGCGAUCAUACGCAUAGGCGGCUCAAGCCUCGCCAUAUCCAGUUGAUUGGAAUCGGAGGCACAAUAGGCACUGCACUUUAUGUCCAAAUCGGGCAGGGGCUACUCAAUGGCGGCCCAGGAAGUCUAUUUUUGGCUUUUACACUAUGGUGCACGUUCAUUCUGGCCAUCACAAUCAGCAUUGCCGAAAUGGUGACAUAUCUGCCGAUUUCCUCGCCCUUUAUCCGCUUCGCGGGCCGUUACGUCGACGAAGCCUUUGGUUUUGCCGCCGGGUGGAAUUUCUUCAUCUUCGAGGCGGCGUUGGUGCCGUUUGAGGUCGUGGCUUGCAAUCUAAUCAUACACUACUGGAGCGAUGCCGUUCCAGCUGGUGGUAUUAUUGCAAUCGUCAUUGUUCUCUAUGGGUUAAUCAACGUGCUUGCCGUCGAGUGGUAUGGGGAAACGGAAUUUUGGGCCGCGCUGGGAAAAGUGCUGCUGAUCGUCGGUUUGGUCAUGUAUACAUUCAUCGUCAUGCUAGGAGGAAACCCGGUCGGUGACCGCUUUGGUUUCAGAUACUGGAACAACCCAGGGGCUUUCGCAGAGCUGUACAAGACCGGUGACCUAGGCCGUUUCCUCGGGUUUCUCCAGUGUCUCAUCCAAGCCGCCUUCGCCAUUGCCGGGCCAGACUACGUCUCCAUGGCCGCAGGAGAAGCCGAGAACCCGCGGAAAGUGAUGCCGCGUGCGUACAACGCCGUCUUCUACCGGCUGACGGCCUUCUUCGUCCUCGGCUCGCUCUGCGUCGGCAUCAACGUGCCCUACGAUGACCCGGACUUGACAGCUGCGUUCGAAAACAGCGAGCCUGGCGCUGCUGCCUCGCCAUACGUCGUCUCGAUGAACAGGCUGCGGAUUAAAGUCCUGCCGGAUAUCGUCAACGCAAUGGUCCUGACGGCCGCCUUCUCUGCCGGCAAUAGCUACGUCUACUGCGCAUCGCGCUCGCUGUAUGGGCUCGCGCUGGAGGGCAAGGCGCCCAAGGUGCUGACCCGAUGCACGAGGAAAGGCGUGCCCAUCUACUGUGUGUUGAUCGUGCUGGUCAUCGCGCUGCUGUCGUUCCUGCAGGUCUCGAAUAAUGCGGCGGUCGUGCUGCGCUGGUUCGUUAACCUUGUUACUGCCUCUCAGCUCAUCAACUUCAGCGUCAUCUGCUUCACGUUUAUCCGAUUCAAGAAGGCGUGCGAUGCACAGGGCUUGAGUAGGGAUGAUUUGCCUUACAAGGGCUUUGGACAGCCGUAUGUCGCGUGGUACGGCUUCAUGGGCUGUUUUGUCAUGACGUUUGUGGGCGGGUAUACGGUGUUUUUGCCGGGCAAGUGGGACGUCCCGACAUUCUUGUUCUCGUACUUCAUGAUCGGUGCUUGCCCCCUGCUUUACAUAGGAUGGAAGCUGGUUCAUAAGACGAAGUUCAGGAGCCCGAUGGAGGUCGAUCUGCACCAGGACUUGGACGAAAUUGAGGAGUAUGAGAGAAACUACAUCGAGAUGCCUCCGAAAAACACGGCAGAAAAGAUUUUCAACAAGGUCUUCAGCUGA